CCUCUCAUGAAAUUAGCUACUAAUUGUAUUAAUUAAAGUUUCAUUAGCUCUUGAUAACUAUACGUUUUAAUAUAGCGGUAAUAGUUGUCAAAUCUUAAAUUUAUGCCUCAAAAAUCAUUCAUACUCUGACCAGAACAAAAAGCUCUUCUCUAUUUAAACACGCCCUACCGAUGGUAAAUUUUAAUUGGUUAAAAUAUGGUGGUAAUGUGUGUGGAAUUACGGUUAUAAGCAGGCGAGGGUUCUGUACAAUAGAGAAGAUAGAUUUUCUGUAUGUUGAUGGUGUUAGUGUACAGUAAUAUUUAAAUGUUUUAUUGCGCUUUGAAAUCUAAAAAUUUGUUGAAAAAGGCAUGCGGUCACAAUAGCGUCCAAGGGGUGUAAAGUGUUGGCAUAGUACGCAAAACACGUUGUAAUAUUUACAACAAAACAUGUCGAAUGGAGCAACGCCGAAGAAGGUAAAGAAGGUGGAAGUAGCUGGGGCAUCAGGAGACGCCGACGAAAGUAGGGAUUACGAUGCCGAAACUCAGAAAGCGUUGGAAGAAAUUGAUGCUUGCCAAAAUGAAAUUGAUGCACUGAAUGAAAAAGCAAGUGAGGAAAUUCUAGUUGUUGAACAGAAGUAUAAUAAAUUGAGAAAACCCUACUUCGAUAAGAGAAAUGAUAUAAUCAAGAGGAUACCCAAUUUCUGGGUAACUGCUUUUGUAAAUCAUCCACAGAUUUCAGCUAUUCUUGAUGAAGAUGAAGAAGAUUGCUUACAUUACUUGACAAAACUAGAAGUGGAGGAAUUUGAUGAUAUAAAAUCUGGAUACAGAAUCAAUUUUCACUUUGAGGAAAACCCAUAUUUUGAGAACGAUGUCCUAACAAAAGAAUUUCAUUUGGGAUCAUCUGGUGAUCCUGCUUCUCAGAGCACAUCAAUUCUUUGGAAAGAAGGAAAUGAUUUAUCAAAAAAAAUUAAAGAUAAAAGUGGUGGAAAAGGAAGGAAGAGGUUCUUGGAGCAGAAGACACUAUUCAAUUGGUUAAUUGAUCAUGCAGAUCCAUCUGCAGAUGAUAUUGCAGAAGUUAUAAAGGAUGAUAUGUGGCCAAAUCCUCUCCAGUACUAUCUCGUACCUGACAUUGAGGUAGAAAAUGGUGUAGAAGGGGAAGAUGAUGGUAGUGAUGAUGAAGAUGAUGCAGAACUGGCAGAAGUGGAGGAGGAGGAGGAGGAUAUCGAGGGUGAAGAAGGUGGUGAUGACAAUUUGGCAGAGGAAGAUGAUGAUGAUGCUGCUGAACAGGAGGAUGAUGAAGGUGGUGAUGACUGAAUGCAUGAUUAAGAAGACAGAACUGAAAACUAGAAACUUCGAUUUAAGAAGUGAUUCAAGUGGUUGUAUGUCUAAGUAAACUAAACAAAUUGAGUGAAACAUAACUAGUUUUCCUAUUAUUGUGAUUGAAUGUUUCAGGGAAAUUUAUUUACCAUAAAAAUGGAAAUGGGAGUUUGAUAGUAAUAGUGAGCAGUUAAUUUGUAUUUCUUUCAAGAUUGUAAAUGUGUCUACCACUUGACUGAGCAAAAGUAAAAAAAAAAACACAUUAGGAUAAGUAAAGUAGGAGAUCAAUAGUACAUAUUCUUUUCCUAAGUAUCUUUUGCCUAAGAUUGGGUCACCAUCCUGGCAUUAACACAUUGGCAGCAAAAUUUUGAGUUUUUAUACCUGAUGACCCCUAUUAUUUUUUAUUGGUACCAUUCAACGGGCAUGAGAAUAAUAAGCCUCCAUGUUCUCAUUCUGAAUUAUUGCCUGUUUGGUGUUUGGGUGAUGCCAGACAUUUAAAAUCAUUCUUGUAAUUUUGUGGAGUAUCUUGUGGAAAUGAGCUUCAUUUUUGAUUUCAGCUAGUGAAUAAAAAGUUUGGUACAUGUUUUAGGAGUACUAAGGGUAGUAAGAGUAGAAUUGCAUUACAUUUUGUGUUAGCCAUAUAUAAUAUGUUAGUAAUAGGUCAUAGUUGUCACCAGUUUUAAAGUAUUGUCUUAGCAUUUACUUCACUAUUGAGAAAGAUACUGAUUAAGUCUUGGUCAUUGGUAAGGUGAUAGGUCAGAAUUUGAUUAACAGGAUAAGGGCUUAUAUCAGUAAAUCUUUCAACAUUGAUACUAUAUUCAUUGAGAGUGCUUCAGUAAAGUUCUUUAAUUUUAAAUGUUCGGUAUACUAGUUCUAGUGAGCUCUAUCAAGGUGGUGGCAUACCAUAAACUUAAAAAUAUGUGUUGCAGAUUGCCAAGUCUGGCAUCACCUAGGUUAUAACACUACUAUGUACAAAAAACUGGAAGUAUAACACAUAAGUAAAGUAACAUAUUGUGUGUUUAAUUGUUUAAGUAUGAGAAUAUCACUUAUUCCUGAUUAAUAUACUCUUAUAUAGCAGGCACAAGUACACAUUUUUGUGAUCAUUUUAUAUUGCUAAUUUAUGCUGGUUUUACUAUAACAGUUCAGUAAUCCUACAUACAAUGUUGCAGUUUAUAGUGACACUCACCAAAUGUCACCUUUGUUUUGAUGGAGCUUAAGGAUGUAUUUGUAAACAAAAGUAACAUUGUAUCAAUAAAAAAUUUCAGUCUUCGUAU